AUGACUAAGAAAUUACCGUUUGAGUUGAAACAAAAACGCAAACACAUUCAAAGGGCAUGCGUGUUUUGCAAUGAGAAGCAUCUCCAGUGCGAUGUUGGUAGGCCCUGUCAAAACUGUUUGAAAAGGAACGUUGGCUACCUCUGCAGGGAUAAGGUUAGGAAGACCCGGAAGCAUUCGGGAACUGAUGGCAUUUCUAAAUUAGAUCGCAACCAUACCGAAAAUAGCUUAAAAACUACAUCAUUUAUUGUGCCGGUAGCGCCUGUCUAUUCUUCUGAUUCUAAGGACAAACACGCCUUGUCCAAAAAAAUAGAUGAUUUUCCUACUGAGAUUCCAAGAGUUCAAAGUCUAAAUACGCUAUUGAACUGCGCUCAAACAUCGUUUUUGGAUCCUAUUGUUCCGAGCUUGGAUCUUACGAGUAAUAUACAACCAGAUGACCGUCUCGAUGCUAAGCAGAGUAAAGGGCUCGGUGACAUGCCUCAGUUAGAUUUUGAUAGCAUGUGGAUGAGCAAUGAGUACAUGAAACUGGAUGACCUCACCCGAAUGUACUCUCAAGAUAGAGACGAGGAUAUCAAGGUGGGUGAUGACAAAACAGAAAAGGUGCCACCUCCACCCAAAAGAUCCUUGUCCUCACAGUUGUUUCAGUAUAUGAACGUUGGCCCAACUAUCUCAAAGUCAGACUCAAGACCUUUCAUUUCACUAGAAAUGGCAACGGCCAGCAGCGUUAAUGAAGGUAAGAAAAACUCUGAAUCCGCUUCAAGCUUUAUUGACUACAGUGAUGUAACGCCAUAUAGGCUAAGACAAUUGAUUAAAACUCCGCAGGAUCUUUCCGAGAAGAAGUCAUUGAUUAAGCCUCAUAACUACCGAGCAGCCUAUAAGCAAUUACUGAAAUGCUUGUAUAAUAUGUUUCUCGCCGGUUAUUCCCAGGACACUGGCAUGUUAUCAGAACAAAAUGAGGAGGCUAAACAGGCAUUGAGAGACAAGAUUCAUUUAAGACGGGAACAAUUGAGAUAUAUAGCAACUUCGAUCGUCCAUCUUUAUAUGCCUACUUUUGUUACUUUGACAUCAAAUAUGAUUGAGGACGACUUGCUUCUACAAGAGGUAAUAUUACAAAGAACACUUUUAGAAUACGAAAGUAUGGCUAAGCUGGUUAACUGCACUCCUAUCUGUAUUUGGAGACGCUCGGGGGAGAUUUGUUUUGUGAGUAAUGAAUUUCUUUCAUUAACAGGAUUCUCAAGAAAAGCAAUAUUGGAUAAUAGAAAAUAUAUCAUCGAAUUUUUGGACCAUCAGAGUGUGGUAGAUUAUUACGAUUUAUUUCAUCAGACGCUGGCUUUUGGAUCAGGAGGGAAACGAAAAAAUGCGACUUCCAGUGGGGACGCAGUUUUCAGUGAGUGCAAAUUAUUAGUCAAUAAUGGUUUUUUCUUGAAAUGCUCAUGCUGCUGGUCAGUUAAAAGAGACUCUUUCAACAUUCCUCUUCUGAUCAUGGGACAGUUUUUACCGAUUUUUGACAGCGACUGA